AUGCGCACCAAUCACCUCCUCACCAGCCUCACCAGCCUCGUCGCCCUCUCCAUUACCGCCCUCUCCAUCGCCGCCCUCUCCAUCGCCGCCCCCGCCCCAGGCCACGAGCUCACCAUCCCCGCCGGCGCCGACCUCGGCAAGGUCAAGGUCUGCAACGGCCUCCGCUCGCAGAGCACCUGCCACGCCAUCACUGCGCACAUGGCCUGCACCCAGCUCCAACCCCCCGUGCGCUACAACCUGCGGUCGCUCGUUCAGGCCAAAGGCAACAUCUGCGUCUACCACCAGGGCCCCCGCUGCGAGAACCCCAUCUUCAUCGUCGAUUCCAUCGCCAGCGCGCAGUCCGCUGAUGCAGCGCCGAAAUGGUCCCCGGUCUUGACGAGCGUGCUGUGCGCCCCCGGCUCUGCAGACGCGGCUUCGGCUUCGGCUUCGGCUUCACACGGUGUUGAAGCCGCUUUUCACGUCCUCCCCUAG